GUUAUAUCAACUGUCAAGAAUUUUUAUGUGAGAUCAUUCAUGUUGAUCAAUUAUCUUCUGUUUCAUGGCAAAUCCCCCAAUUCCCAGCGAUGAUCUUCGAUUUUGCCUUUGUCCGAUUCAAGAAAGGUAGAGAGGUACUUAAAGGCGUAUUCCUAAAAGACGAGUUGGCGAACAUUCAACCAGGAAUUUUCACUGGUACUUCUCACUGUGAAAUAGUUGUUAAUGGCGAGAA